AUGCCGGCUCCAACCGAUGCCAACGGCAAGAACACGCUCCUGCCACCCAUCAGCGCGGUGCCGACGUCGACCCUACUCCAGCCCGGGCAAGACCACGAAGGGUUCAGCCCUUCGCCCUCGUACGGAGCCUUCGUGCCCGUGACGGAUGAGUUCCUGCCCCUGGGAGGCGGCGAUGAGAACGCCUGGGGGCAGGUGGGCCGCGUGUACGCGAGCGAGAUGUCUGAGGAGGAGGAGGAGGACGUCGACCCGGGCAGGAUCUCGGCCACCGCGCUGAUCUACCUGUGCGCCUUGUGCUCCUCGUUGACCUCGGUGCUGCUGGGCUACGACGUCGGGGUGAUGUCGGCGGCGAUUCUGGAUAUCGAGGAGGACAUGGGCCUUUCUCCCCUUCAGGCCGAGAUUUUGGUGGGAUCGCUCAACGUCAUCGCCGCGUUCGGUGGGCUCAUCGCAGGCAAGGCCUCCGACGCCCUCGGCCGGAAGACGGCCAUCGCGAUAGCGUGCGGCAUUUUCAUCACGGGGGCCGGGGGCAUGACGCUGUCGAUGACGUACGCCCAGCUCCUGACGGGGCGGCUCCUGACGGGGCUGGGGGUGGGGUGCGGGUUCGUCGUGGCCCCCGUGUACAUCACGGAGAUCACGCCCCCGCACAUCCGAGGGAAGCUGGUGGCGCUCACGGACAUCAUGAUCAACAUCGGGAUCUUGCUCGGGUACAUCACCGGGUUCGCGUGCCAGGAGCUGAUCCCCCCCGUGUGGCUCAAGUGGAGGAUAAUGCUGGGCCUCGGGAUUUUGCCUCCAGCGGUCAUCGUCAUCAGCCUCACUUUCCUGCCGGAGUCGCCGAGGUGGCUGAUCUCCAGGGGGCGAAUCAGGGAGGGCUACCAGGUGCUCGGGAGGGUGAUUGACGACCCCAUCGAAGCCAAGGAAACCCUGCAGGCCAUCGUCAAGUCUGUGCAGUCCCACGGCAACGCCGCGAACGGGGGUGACAACAACGAAGAGCCCGGGUGGAUGGAAGUCCUGUGGCCGAGCGAUAAGGUUGUCGGGGCAGCGUUGUUCGUGGGGCUGGGGCUAGGGUUCUGGCAGCAGGCCAGCGGCUCGGAGGCGGCGGUGUACUACUCCCCCCACGUGCUAGAGGCGGCGGGCAUGACGUCACGAGGGCUGCUGCUGGCGGGGACCUGCAUGGUGGGAGUGUUCAAGCUGCUGGGAGAAGUCUUGGCGGCGGUGCUGAUCGAAAGAGUCGGUCGACGGCCCUUGUUCUUGUUGAGCUCCAUCACGAGCACGUUGACUCUCCUUCUCAUCGCCCAGUCCUUCUUCUUGGAAUGGAGCGCGAUACCCACCCUUGUGGUCCUGUGCGCCUUCAUGUUCUGCUUCAGCAUCGGCUUGGGACCGCUCACCUUUGUCGUGGCGGCGGAGGUCUUCCCGAUGCAGGUCCGCGGUAAGGCGGUGAGCUUGGUGGUCUUCGUUAACCGCUUAUUGAGCGGGCUCAUCGCAACCUCCUUCCUCAGCAUUUCGCAGGCGUUGACCCCCGGUGGAGCGUUCCUCAUGUUCGCCCUCAUCUCAUUGGCGUCUGUGUUCUUCUACUACUUCUGCGUCCCUGAGACCCAGGGCAAGACCCUCGAGCAGAUCGCAGACGAUCUAGCCGCCGAGUUCCACCUCAAGAAGGACCCCCACUCGUGGGACACUUCCGUGAGCCAUGGCUCGGACUUGAUGAACCUGAGGGUGUACCCGACGAACCACAGGCUGGUGUCUUCCCUGAGCAGCGGCAAGCUGGUGGCCGUUGUCAGCAGCUCGGACCUGCAGCUCAUGCGAGAAGAGAGGGGGGCGAGGGAGGCCGGCAUCGCCGCCGGGGUCGUCGGCGGGACCAGCGGCAUUAUAACUCGCAGCCGCAGCUCGAGCGCCAGCUUUAUCUACUAG